AUGCUUCAAAAGGAAAAUGAGAGACUGAGGAAAGAAAUUGAGGACAUUCGUGAGGGUCGGAAGAUUGUGAUUGGGAACGAGAUUGUGAAAAGUGACUUAUUCUUGGAGAGUCAAGUACACAUGGAACGUAUACGAGAUUUGGAAAUCAGCAACGUUGCGAAAACUGCGACGAUUGAAAGCUUGAAUCGAGAAUUGGCCCAGUUUCGGUUGAAAGCUGCCACUACUUUGGUUUUAAGCAACGCUUCUGCUGAUUUUUCGUCUGGUGAAGAUGGAAUCGGUGGACUGUUGCAGCAGCAAAUGGAGGAAAAUGCAACUUUACGAUCGAAAAGCUUUGAACUACAAUCUGCGUAUGAUAAACUGAAAGAAAAGUUCAUGAAUGUGGCGAAUCUUCGGGGUUUCGGUGGAGAAGACAUCUUCUGCAACAGCGUCUCAAUACCAAACUCUGCUUCCACUGUUGCCACAAAUCCAUCUACCUCGUCGUCAGUUGCAGCGGAAAACAUGGGGGUUGCUCAAGCAAUGGCUGUACUCCGGGGAGAAGUCUUGGAAGAAAUGAAGAAUGAAUUGGUGCGAGCGAGAGGUUCUGAAAGUGGGAAAGAAGGUGACGAAGAGAAGGCAGAUGGUGUGAUGACCGGGAGUACCUCCACGGAAAACAAUGGAUCUUCGGAAAGCAGUGGCGACGAGGAAGAUUCGGAAAUGGAAAACGGAUCAACAUCAACCUCAGUUUCGACUGUCGUUUCAUCUUUGGAGUCCAGUCGAGUUAAAGCUCUGAUGCGGCAAUUGAGUCAACGAAGUGAAGAGAAGAAGAGACUGGACUCGAAUUUGCGGGAUUUGUCGCGAAAAUUGUCUGACCAGCGAAAGGAAGAGGCGAGGAUGAAGCGAGAGUUGACGAGGAAGAUGGAAGAACUCAAACGAUUGACUGCUGUUGAGGCAGAAAAGAUGAGCAAGAAGUUCUCUGGGGAAAUUGGGCAGUUAGUGAAAAUCCGAGAAUUGCAGAACCGCAAAAUUUCCAAACUGGAGCAAGAAUACACUAGGUCUAAAGAAAUGCUGAAGAAGAAGGAGAAUGAGUUGUCUUCUACGAAGAAGCAGGUGAAGGAACUGAUGAUCAAGCGUCAGAUGGAGGACAAAAGAGGUGGAAAAGCUGCGUCUAAACGGCCGAAAAAGCCAGCAACAAAAGAAUCGGUGUGGAAAGAAAUGUCGGAAAGUUUGUCAGAAAUCGCAGUGAAGCGGGGU